CUCUUCAUUAUCCUUGUCUUGACUGUUAGAAUGUGUUUUGUGACUGUUUUUAGGUCGUUACUGGGAGACAGUUCAGAGGUUAAAGAUAAAUCAGUUUUAUGGAGCUCCUACUGCCAUCAGAUUACUUAUGAAGCAUGAGGAAAACUGGGUGAAGAAAUAUGACAGGUCAUCACUGAAGACACUUGCAUCUGUUGGAGAGCCCAUUAACCACGAGGCAUGGGAGUGGUUUCAUAAUGUGGUCGGGGAUGGACAGUGCCCUCUGGUGGACACAUGGUGGCAGACUGAAACCGGCGGGGUGUGUAUUGCCCCACUCCCAGCUGAACCAGGUGCAGAGAUCCGGCCUGCAAUGGCUAUGAGACCCUUUUUUGGCAUACAGCCGGCACUACUCGGGGAGAAGGGACAGAUAUUAAUUGGAAAUGAUGUCAGUGGAGCUCUGUGCAUCAGCCAGCCUUGGCCUGGAAUGGCCAGAACCAUAUUUGGAGACCACCAGAGAUUCGUGGAUGCAUAUUUUAAACCGUACCAAGGCCAGUAUUUUUCGGGUGAUGGGGCGUACCGCACUGAAGACGGUUACUACCAGAUCACAGGGCGGAUGGAUGACGUCAUUAAUAUCAGUGGGCAUCGGCUGGGCACUGCUGAGAUAGAAGAUGCACUGGAUGGACAUCCAGAUGUUCCUGAGAACGCAGUUAUCGGAAUUCCCCAUGAGAUCAAAGGAGAAGUUCCAUUUGCAUUUGUAGUUUUAAAAGAAUCUGCUUCUGAGAACCAGCUUGCUGUUGUGGAAGAACUGAGACACCUAGUGGCUACCAAAAUAGCUAAAUAUGCUGUGCCUGAUCAUUUCCUGGUUGUGAAGCGUCUUCCUAAAACACGCUCUGGGAAAAUCAUGAGGAGGAUCUUGCGUAAGGUCGCCAUGCAGGACACGAGCAACCUGGGGGACGUCUCCACGCUGGAUGACCCCUCCGUCGUUUCAGAGAUCAUCGAGGCCCAUGAACAAAACAGAAGUCAUGCAGCUAGGAAGUAGAAAAAGACUGUUGGAAUGUUGCAACGUUUAUUUUGAGGAAAUGUGAUGACAGGGAAACCGUACAAGUAAUUCACAUGUAAAUGUGAGAGUAUAUAUGUUAGCACACAAAAUGCAUAAAUUGCAGGUUUAAUGCUCUCAUAUGUAGUAAAACUUGCUCAUUGCCACCUAAACUGGAUGUUAGCCUCUCUUUAAGACAACUUGGACAAACCUCUUUUUAAACCAUAAUUAUGAAGUUCUGCACAGUGUUCUUCCUUUAGCCAGAGACUAUGUGGAUUUGCUGUGUCACACCAGUAUUGUUUGCUUGAGAGAUGAUUUUAUUUUUAAGGUGCUCAAUCAGUUUGUAUUCCAUGUUCUCCUUUUUUCCCAGUUGUAUGCCUUCAUUUGCUAAUGUUUGUGACCAGAUGAACAUGAAAUGACUGGUUAACUUACAAGCAAUAUAUAUUACUAUAUAAUUAUGACACGAUGCCCUUAUAUUAUUUAAGUGGAAGUUUAAAUGUUUCCAUCUAAUUAGUAUUUUCAUCUUAUUGGAAUAAACGAGAAAAAUUAAUAAUUCAUAA